AUGGCUUGCUCAACUGGGUCUGUGACCAUCGAGUCGUACCCCGACACUGGUGUCUCCUCAGCCUACGCCACUCCGUCCGAGGAGACCGCUCUGCUCCGAGACCGCAAGCGAAGACACUCAUUUCAUACGGCGCGGAAGCUAUCCUGCGACUACGAUGCAGACGCCAUAUAUCUUAGGGUCGAACUCUUCCUUACGGAAUUGGAGAGGCGCCUCCAUUGGAUUGAACAGUACCGCCGUUCCCACAUGGUUCAGAUCGACACCAGUCUACGCAGGGCUUAUGCAACAUUAGAAGCUGUGAGGGAUUCCUGCUCUCAUGCAUCGGGGGAGCUGAUGGGCAGCGGCAAGAAGAGAGCCAAGAUCCUGGUGGAGACCCUGGAAAGCCGUUACAACGAUGCGCUCGCGACAAAGGAAACGUUAGAGCAAAAGGCUCAAGCCGGCGUUCGCUUGAUGGAGUCUUUCUUGAUAGAAUUGGAAUCGCGCGCCGACGCUGUCCGGGAUCGCGGCGUUUAUGGAGCUCUGGACGAGGGCUGGAAGGCGGUUGACUCUACCUUGGUUCAAGCAAGAGAGGUUAUGGAUGAGGGUAUUGAACGAGCCCGCCAGGUCAAGGACGCCCUCCGCGAAAACAUCGACCGAGCUAUCUUACUCGCUAAAGAGAAACGUUUGAUCGGUUAUUCAGAUCUUCCUGCGCCAUGGCGGAUAAACCCACAUAUCCUCUCCGGCUACCGAUUCCACUCAUCCAAAGUGGAAUGUCUUACUUCAGUCUUCACCUUUUCGAACGAGCUCGUCAACAUCUGGUCGCACCUAAUUGGCCUCGUCAUCGUCCUCUCCAUUGCCUUCUACUUCUACCCGCUGAACCCUAACUUCCACUUGAGUACGAAUGCUGACAUGCUCGUAUCCGCGGUCUUCUUCUUUGCCGCGUGCAAAUGCCUUGUCUGCAGCACCCUAUGGCACACAAUGAACAGUAUCGCCGACCAACCGUUGAUGGAGCGCUUCGCUUGUGUCGACUACACCGGCAUUUCUAUGCUCGUUGCCGCUUCUAUUGUCACAACCGAAUACACUGCUUUCUAUUGCGAACCCACCUCCCGCUGGGUCUACAUUCUCCUCACGAUGUCUCUGGGGAUUGGCGGCGUCAUUCUCCCGUGGCAUCCGACCUUCAACCGUGCUGACUGGGCCUGGGUCCGCGUCGCCUUCUACGUUACUCUGGCCCUUACUGGCUUCGCGCCUCUCGCUCAGCUAACCUACGCUCGCGGUUUCUCCUGGUGUUUGUACUUCUACGCUCCCGUCAUGAAGAGUAUCCUCGUUUAUUUUGUCGGUGCCUGCGUCUACGCCUCUCAGAUUCCAGAGCGCUGGAGCCCAGGUCUCUUCGACUACGUCGGCGGCAGCCAUAACAUCUGGCACUUUGCUGUCCUCGGCGGCAUCCUGUUCCACUAUCUCGCUAUGCAAGAUCUCUUUGCCAACGCCUUUCAGCGCGCAAUGGGUGAAUGCCCUAAUCUCGCCUCUUGA